ACGUCCGGUCGCGUCUGUCGUCCAUCACUUCUACCAUCGAAUCUCCUUUUGGCAGCUGCAACUCUGCCCUGACCUCCAGGUCGAUCGUUCCCUGUACACCUGGUUAUUAAUCAUUCUUUGUCUUUUCUAGCUCUCUCUCUUUGCGACUCCAUUCAUUCUCAUCGCAUAUUUCUCAGUCUAGGAUUCGCGACCGCAGUCUCAACGCUUUACAUAAUAGACACGAUCUCUGGUGUCAGAGCGAUCCUCGAGUGUUUCAUUCUUACCAUCGCCUCCUUGUAAUAAUUUAAUACACAGGCUUUCCGUUUGGUCGACUACAUAGUGCCUUCGGUUCACUACGGCUCUUUGAUUCUUAUCCGUUGCACAUACUACCCUCGAGGCUUUCUUCCUUUAUACUAGUUGCGAGUAUGGACACUGGCGGUCUUGCUCAGAUGACUUACAAUCCGUCUUUCAAUAACGGAAGCUCGCUUGGGGCCCCGAGUUCCGGUUUCGGGUCUCGGAGAAAGGGCCCUAAUGUGAAGCGUUUGAGUGUGCCACCUCCACACAUCUCCACCAUUGAUGAAUCCCAGCCUUCAGCUCCCAUUCCCACUCCACGCACCAGCCGUUCGCAUCUUCUGGCAGGUUUAAGGACGGCUCCAAAAUCUGCCACCGUCCCCUCAGCUUCCGCCCGCCAACAGCACUUGGGCGUGGAGGGUGAUCGAUAUGGGAAUCUUUCCAACCGCACUACUGAUCGUGUUCCACAAACUGCCAUGGGAACUGGCUUCCCUCGACACUCAAUGGCCCUCAAUCAGGGCCUGGACAUGAACACCGGUCGCCCAGUAUACACUCUGCCGGAGCAGGUGCUCGCACCUCCGGCUAUUGACAUCGCCGGCGAUAUGCCAAUUGACGAGAGUCUAUACGCGGAAUUGAUGUCCACAAACCUUUUCCUGGCGGCCCAACAACAGCGCCUACAACAACAACUGAUUAGCGUUACCGCAGCGGCCCAGCAGUUCCAGGGCCUCAACCUGGGGAUGCCGAUGAACCAGCAGCAGGAAUACCCUUCUCUCGCCGUUCCGGGCAUGGGCUUCUAUCAGCAACAGCUCCAGCAGGGUGUGCAGCCUAUUGUACAGCCAGUGCCGGGCCAACCGGGGCUGUUCUCCGUCUACAACCCCCUCACUGGUCAACAAAAUUACAUUUACGACAAUUCCUGCCAGCAAGAAAGUUCUUCACCUUACCAGGAAGAGGAGACGCAAUCUCCUGCCAUGCAGGUACCAGCGUUCCGAGCUGAAGUUUCCCCUCCCCCGGAGACGAAACAAUUAUCGCAGCCGGCCUCUCCUCCAAGUGCUAGCCCUUCUCCUCCCCAGGAAACUGCCCCUUUGCCUCCUCCCUCCGUCAAUGCAUUCCGCAGAGGUCACAAAAAGAGCUCGUCGUUUAACCCUGCUAGAUUCUCUAUUGACACGGCCAAGGCAAACUCAAGCAUGGCUCCUGCCGCUCCCAAAACCGCUGCCCUUUCUCAGACUCCGGCGACUGGAACUUUUGGGCCUGGCCAGAAUCGCGCCGGAGAGCACCCGAUCCGGCAACCCAGGGGUCCACCCUCUUUGGAAGAACUUGUUGCGAAGCCCACAUCGAACCAUGAAGGAAGCAAGAACUUUGCAACCCGUCAGCGCCGUCGCGCCGUUCACAACCUUGUGCGUGCAGGCCUUGAACGACGCGGAGAUAGCCGCAGCUUCGGAUGCCAUAGUAGCGGUGGCACCAACACCCCGGCGAGUGAGAAGGAAUUCACAUUCUCCGACGGUGAUGAUGCUACCGUUCGCAGUGGCAGUCUCUCAAGCAAACCCAGUUUGGGAAGCCUUCGUGCCGCAGCCAAUGGCGCCAUUGGGUCUGAGAGGAAGGAGAGAUCUUCUCGGGAACGGCGGUCGCAGGAUAGCCCGUACACGACCACGCCAAUCAGCGAGGACGGUGGCUUCUUUGGCGGAAAAUUGGCGGAUGUUCGUACGGAUCCAGUUUCUUCGCCCGUGGGGACACCUUCGGUGGCUGCUGUCGUCGCUGGCCAGAAGACAGCAGUGCAGGGUCCAGAACGGCGCAAGACCCCGAUGCUUGUGCUAUCUAGCGCCGAAAAGCGCAAGACCCCGAUCAUGUAACGCGAACAUCGUACAUAAUGUGACUGAGACGUAACGGAUGUGCACACUUGGAUGAUUACUUUUUGCGCUUGUUUUCUUGUCAUUUUUUAAACGC